AAGCCACUGAUCGAUUGCAGCUUGCUGCCCGUUCACAAGAGCGCAGCUAUGGAAGGAGUGUCCGCCUACGUCUCCUCCACGAGAGCUGUUGCCUCCUUUUUUGCCCCCAUACAGCCAGCCUCUUGUUGGCAGAAUGUUAAACGAGUUUUAGAGCCUUCCUCAUUGCGCAUCCUUGGGCAGCGUUGCGCACUGGACGGUCACCGUGCGUUCAAGGGGAGUGAAAAAGGACGCUUACGAGAGCACCAUGGUUUGCACGAUCGGAAGGAGAGAAAGCAACGCAGAAGAAGGACAGCGUCACACGUUGCGAAGGCCAGCGGGGAAGAGAACAGUGAGAACAUUAAAGAAGGCAAGGACAGAACGUCAUCUUCAGGCGGCCAAACCGGGAGUGUCUCAACAAGAAACACCGACCAAGAGUUUAAUGACAGGAUAAGAGCGAUACAGAGCUCGGAUGCCAAUCGAUCUGGAGCCAUGAACGUCGCUGGGGACGAUGCUGGUGGAAAGACGUCUGCAGAAGGGGAAAAGAAUCCGUGGGUGAAGAUCAUUGCCGGUGCAGCGGCCGUAGCUCUCGUGGGGCAGAUUGCUGUGAGCAACCUGAUACCACAAAAUAGCGGGUUGGGUGGACUGCCAAGCGAGAGCGCCCAAGAGCAGGCAGCGAGCGAAGAGACGAAACAGCUACAGAGACAAGCAGCAGCCUUUGAGGCGAUGCUUCAACGCACGCCCUCCGAUGUUGAAGCUCUCGAGGGUGCAGGCGUCCUCUACGCCAGUCUUGGCGACUACAACAAGGCCGCGGAGUAUCUGGAGAAACUAGUCAAGGCCCGGCCCAGCUACGUGGAAGCCCUCCGGUUACUGGCCGAGGUCAAGUUCGAGGCGCGCGACUUCUCCAGAGCUGCGUACAUGUACAGGCGGGCAAUCAAGGCGAGCCCGGAGGAGUCGCUGGGUCUGCUUAAAGGUUUGGCGGACACGCUCAUCAGCGACAAUCGGUCGAACGAGGCCGUAGAUGAGAUCCUGAAAGCGCGGAAGCGCCUGAAAACGGCGGAGGCUGCGCAAAGAGCGGGGGCUCCGGCGGAAGGACUGGCGGAAGAGCGGAACGCUGCGGACGGAAGUCGAGAGCCGGGCGAAACGGACGCGGAGACUGCUAGCAGUGGUGAUGAGGUCCCGAUUGACUUGCUUUUAGCUCAGGCGUACCAGUAUUGGGACAAGCCGAAUAACGCUCUAGCAGUAUACGACGGGCUGAUGGCCGAGUACCCAGACGACUUCCGAGCUUAUCUGGCGAAGGGCAUCCUGCUGAAACAGCAGAACCGGGAGGCUGAGGCGGAGCAGGUAUUAGAAAAGGCAAGGUUGUUGGUGCCGAAUGCCGCCAAGCAAUUGGUGGACGGGCUCACCGGCGAGUCAAGAUAAGUCGGCCUGGCCCCUUGACACAUUGUUAUUUUGAACAUGUCACGAUUGGGUUGAAACAAGUGUCUCAGUUCGCCGAACGUAGAGGGGGCGAUCAUUCUUAGGUGCCUAAUGAAAAAAACCAGCCAUCUGUUACAAUGGAAGGUUCUUCAAGAAAUUUAUCAACUUGGGUUGUUGACUACCGGCUCAACUAGCCGGGCGUAAUUAGGGAAAUUGAGGGAAUGACUCUCGCAUGAUGCUGGGCAUCUUUGCUUUCAAUGUUAUUGGACCCGCCCCCAGACAUGUAGAUGGUCGAACGAACGCACCUGAUGCUGCCGUAUUGCGCUAGCUCGCGGGCCUCUUCGCAAACAUUCACAGUGUACAAGUUGCCUGCA